UUGCAAAUCGCGUCCAGUUUCACUUCGUUCCUUGCCUAGCCUCUAUCGCUGACGGGCGGGCCCUGGGGUCAUGGGUCCGUCGAUGGGGAGCCUAUAGAGAGUCUCCUCUUUUCUUCACCAAUCUGCUGCCCCCUCUUCCCCCGACCCUCCCCCAAUCCCCGCCUCCUCUCCUCCUUCCCGGUCCGUCGCCUCUCUGGCCGUCGUCCCGUCCCCAACUGGGCUGCCCAUGUAUGGUCACUGCUCAGCGCAGCACCACCCCGUCCUCCCUCGUCAGCCGCCGCCGAUCUUCUCGCUGGGGUGGAGGAGUAGGGGAUCCCGCCAGAUCCGACCUGCAGGCAAAAGGGCGACGGCGGGGGCGCUUGAUUCGAUCCUGCGCCACAGGUCCGUGCAGGAGAGAGAGGACGGAGAAAGAGAGAGCAAAGAGGAGUGGCUGAUGACGAGAGGAGGGAGAAAGAGAGAGGAAAUAGGAGAGGGAGGCUCGGCAGCGGACGGGACAGGGUCGCUGGCCGGUGUCGGCCUGCGCCGGCGAGUUCGCUCGCCCAGCUGCCAAAUAGGGAAAGGCGACGGGACUGGCAUCUGGGGCGGCGGCGGCGGCGGGACUGCAGGAACUGGCCGAGGUGGUCCUCGCCAAACAAGCGGGCGGCAGCAAGAUUUCUUCAUUGGUUGAUUUGAUUUGGGGCUGAUUUUCCCCUGGAUUCCUUCCUCUUAUAGUUCCUUUCCAACUUGUUGUUCAUGGCUUGCUUCCCAACCACAGGUGCUCCCCACGGUGAGGAACGGACGCGCUCAACGCCUUCCUUCCCAACCAUGUGCUCCUCUAUCUCUCUCUGUGUUAUGUGAUGAAUGUGUGGUAGUGGGAGUGGGAUAGGGAGAGGUAAAGAGAGCAGAUUCCAAAUGCAAUGGAAGGGAACUUUCAAUCCAAGUUUAAUUUUCAUUGGGCAUUCAAAUUCUUACUUUGAUCUUCUCAAAUUUUUGGCUAGGUGUAUAAACAUACAUGC